CAUAUUUUGGCACAAACGUCACCCGAUCCCAAACUCACUCCAAUUUCCCUAUGAACAAAACAAAAUAAAUCCUAGCGUAAAUCCUACACACUUGGCCAAGUUUCAUUCCGUUCUCGUUCGCUACAACCACCUUUCAUUAUAAAUCAUCUCUCUCAGGACGGAAAUGUCGAUUAAGCGCGUCCAGACUACGCCGUUCGACGGCCAGAAGCCUGGAACCUCCGGUCUCCGCAAGAAGGUGAAAGUUUUCAUACAACCCAAUUACCUGCAAAAUUUUGUUCAGUCAACAUUUAAUGCCCUCCCAGCAGAUCAAGUUAAAGGUGCUAGACUUGUUGUAUCUGGCGAUGGUCGCUAUUUUUCAAAGGAAGCAAUUCAGAUCAUAAUUAAGAUGGCAGCAGGAAAUGGAGUAAAAAGUGUUUGGGUUGGUCAAAAUGGAUUGCUUUCGACUCCUGCUGUAUCAGCCGUUGUACGUGAAAGAGUUGGGGCAGAUGGAUCCAAAGCAUCAGGUGCAUUUAUUCUCACAGCCAGUCACAAUCCAGGUGGUCCUAAUGAGGAUUUUGGCAUUAAAUACAACAUGGGAAAUGGUGGACCUGCUCCAGAGUCGAUUACAAACAAGAUAUACGAGAACACAACACAAAUAAAGGAGUACUUAACUGUGGAUCUACAUGAGGUAGAUAUCACUAAACCAGGUCUAACCAGCUUUGAGGUUGAAGGGGGAACUUUUACUGUUGAUGUUUUUGACUCCGCAAGUGAUUAUGUGAAAUUGAUGAAGUCAAUUUUUGAUUUUGAUUCUAUCCGAAAGCUGUUAUCGUCUCCAAAGUUCACAUUCUGUUUUGAUGCACUACAUGGAGUUGGUGGUGCUUAUGCAAAACGUAUUUUUGUGGAAGAGCUUGGUGCAAAAGAAAGCUCAUUACUGAACUGCGUACCCAAGGAGGACUUUGGAGGAGGGCAUCCAGACCCUAAUCUGACCUAUGCAAAGGAGUUGGUUGCUUGUAUGGGUUUGGGUAAAUCAGAUACUCAAGAUCCCCCAGAAUUUGGUGCUGCUGCUGAUGGUGAUGCAGAUCGUAACAUGAUCCUCGGGAAAAGGUUUUUUGUUACCCCAUCGGAUUCUGUAGCCAUCAUUGCUGCAAAUGCAGUUGAAGCCAUACCUUACUUCAAAUCUGGUCUGAAAGGAGUUGCCAGGAGCAUGCCCACCUCUGCUGCCCUAGAUGUUGUAGCCAAACAUUUGAAUUUGAAAUUCUUUGAGGUACCCACUGGCUGGAAAUUCUUUGGUAAUCUAAUGGAUGCUGGUUUAUGUUCAGUUUGUGGGGAAGAAAGUUUUGGAACAGGGUCUGACCAUAUACGCGAGAAAGAUGGUAUCUGGGCAGUUUUAGCUUGGUUAUCUAUACUUGCUUAUAAAAAUAAGGAUAACAUUGGUGGGGACAAGCUUGUAACUGUUGAGGACAUAGUUCGCAAGCAUUGGUCUACCUAUGGUCGCCAUUAUUAUACUCGAUAUGACUACGAGAAUGUGGAUGCAGGGAAGGCAAAGGAACUGAUGACAUCUUUAGUGAAUUUGCAAUCUUCCAUUCCUGAAGUCAAUAAGAUUGUGAAAGGCAUACGCUCUGAUGUCGCCAAUGUUGCUGGGGGUGAUGAAUUUGAAUAUAAGGAUUCUGUUGAUGGUUCCAUCUCUAAACACCAGGGUAUUCGGUACUUGUUUGAGGAUGGAUCACGAUUGGUUUUCCGCCUCUCAGGCACUGGCUCAGAAGGCGCAACCAUUCGUCUCUACAUUGAACAGUAUGAGAAAGAUCCUUCAAAAAUUAGCAGAGAAUCUUCAGAAGCACUUGCUCCUCUUGUUGAGGUUGCUCUUAAGCUUUCCAAGAUGCAAGAAUUCACUGGCCGAUCUGCCCCAACUGUCAUCACAUAGAUGGACAGGGCCACAAUCACGGUAACACCGUGAUUUAUUUUGCACAUCAAAAAGGACAUAAGCUUGGUGUCUUUGAAUGUAUUAAUAAUAAGACCCUUUAGUAAUUUUGAUGUUUUCAGUGGCCUUGCUACAGCAGGCAAAUGAGUCUUGACGAGUACAAACACUUCUCGAUAUAAUUUUGAUUCUCAGAAUAAUGUGAAUUAAAGGAGUACUUUUGCGAUCACAUCGAA